UGAUCAUUCUUCAUUGCUCACGUAUCUGUUCUUAGCGGUAUUUAUUGUGACGACAAUAUUUCAAAGUUUUUGCAAGUUAUUCCGAAUCGUGUACCAGUUUUUCAACAUGGAUGUUUCUGAGGCAGCUGAUUUAUGA